AUGUCAUCGGAACGAGAAGUUGCUGAUGCAUUGCCUUCAAAUUUUGAUACUAAUGGUUUAUCAAAUGCAUUUAAGAAUCCUGCCCAAGCAUUUCGUAUGUUAGAUCAAAAUGGUGAUGGACGUGUAACAGAAGCAGAUUUAAAAAUAUUAUUAGAAAAAUUCGGUAUUCAAGGUGUAAGUGCUAAAGUAUUGGCAAAAUUUAUUUUUAAAAAAUUGGAUGCUGAUCGAAGUGGAUCGAUAGAACCCAGUGAUCUUAUACAUGCUAAUGGCAUACUCACAAGCUUAUUGCAAAUGAAACAAAACUAA